AUGAACCAUCAGAAGUCCACAACCUCUGGGGACGACGAAACAGAUUAUUUUGAUGCUAUCCAUGUUGAUCUCUUCACUGCUAAGAUCUUGUCGAAACUGCCAGUGAAGUCUAUAGCUCAGUGUCGUUGCGUAUCAAAGCUAUGGUCAUCACAAAUUCGUCGUCCAUAUUACAACAUGUUGUUCCCGAUCAUGUCUCCAGCCCCACCGCGGAUCCUUUUCACCAUCGAAAAUGCAGAAGGGUUGUUCUUCUACACUUCACCUCAGCCUCGAAACCCUGAUGAGAACACGUCUCUUGUAGCCACCCUUCAUCAUAGGACAAGUGGAAACAGUUUACUUAUAACAAGUCCUCCUGUUGGCGGAUUGUUAUGUCUUGAACAUGAUCGAAAGAAUUAUUCAAGAGUGCUGGUGAUUUCUAAUCCCAUCACAGGAGAGUUUUUAGCAUUGCCCAAACUGAGAAUAAACGAGAUUAAGAAAGAGUUGUUAUAUCUAAAUGAAACAUAUAUUUUUGGGUAUGAUCCAAUAGACAAACAGUCGAAGGAUGCAGAGAGACAUCAAUGGUCAAAGCAUAUCUACCAAUUGCCUAAUAGAUAUUUGAACAAAGUUGUUGCUGCUGGAGUGGUUGGUAGUAGCGAAAUUGUGUUUUACAGAAAGUAUACACGAGAACAAGAUCAGUUCUUCAUAGCUUACUACAAUCUCGAGAGCAACAUUAUCACAAGAGUAAUACUUGAAGUUCCACUAUUGUUUAGUGGGACGUGUUGUGUUAAUGCAUUUACAAACUAUGUAGGAGAUGUGAGACUUAUGUAA